CGCCAUAUUUUUCUUACAGAGAGUCGCCCUUUGCUUUUAGGGUAGUGUGAAUUUUUAUCUAAUUUGUUAAAUAAUGAUUUUAUAAGUUAAUAAUCAUUAUAUUUAGUAUUAGUGAUUAGUGCAAUAUUUGUGAAAUAAUAAAAUUGUCGCCUAACGGUGACUGAUGUGGUACAAUUUUGAUUUCCUGUUUCGGUUCCCCAAUCUAUUCUAAACAGAAAAUGGCCGACGGUGUUGGUGCGGGUGUCUCCUUUGUUUAGACUGAAUUCUAGUGAAAAUAAGAAACAAAAGAAAUUAUGCCUAGUGCCUCGUUUUCUUCUUCGCGUUCUUACGUCCGUAGAUCGCGAAGAAAAGGUGGACAUCGGAUACCAUUGCCUUCCAGAACCCAAUCGAGUGAGCCAUGUGAAUCAGUGCCGUGUCCUAAUAACGUGACAGGGAGCGCAAUGGCGGCCACAGCUUGCGCCGGCCCGAGCGGCAGCGGCGGCGGCGGGUCCCCGCCGGUGCCUGCCGCAGCCGCCGCCACCACCGCCGGCCACCACAGCCCAUACGACCUACGCAGGAAGUCGCCGCCCGCCUACCACGAGCCGGGGCCCUCGGGCGCCUGCUCUUUGCCAGCCAGAAAGAGGCCCAGGACAUCGCUGUCCCAGGGCGUGGAUGUGUGCAACGUAUCGCAGUACUUACAGUACGAGCUUCCGGACGAGGUGCUGCUGUGCAUCUUGUCGCAUCUCACCGAGCGAGACCUGUGCCGGGUUGCACAAGUGUGCAAGCGUUUCAACACCAUUGCCAAUGAUACUGAGCUGUGGAAAAGCCUGUAUCAGUCGGUGUUUGAGUACGACACGCCGCUAUUACACCCCGCGCCGUGCCAGUUUGAGUUCGUGGCCGCAGACGAGUGCGACGCCGACAACCCGUGGAAGGAAAGCUUUCGGCAGCUCUACUACGGCAUCCAUGUUCGCCCCAACUUCCGCCCUAAGAAGGAUUCACGGAUCAAGCACUUCAACACUAUUAGGGCGUCUCUGGAGUACGUGGAGGAGCGGGGCGGCGGUGGUGGAUCUGGUAGCGGUGUCGCCAGCAGUGCAAGCGGCAGUGGUAGCAGCAGUGCGAGUACUGCGUCUAGCGGCGCGGCGACGGCGUGCACGUGUGCGUGCGGCGCGGGCGCGUGCUCGUGCAGACGUGCGCCCGCGUCCGCGCCGCAGCCCGCGCUCGUGUUCGUGCACGCCGGUCUGUACCAGGAGGAGUGCCUCGCCAUCGACACUGAUGUGCAGCUCAUUGGUUGUGCCGCAGGCAGCGUAGCGGAGUCCGUUGUCCUGGAACGUGAAGCCGAGUCGACUCUUACGUUCGCGGAGGGCGCCAACCGGGCGUACGCAGGCCACAUGACGCUCAAGUUCUCGCCGGACGCCACCAGUACUAUGCAACACCACAAGCAUUACUGUCUGGAGGUGUCCGACAACUGCUCACCCACCGUCGACCAUUGUAUUAUACGAAGCGCCAGUGUUGUUGGUGCGGCGGUGUGCGUUAGCGGUGCGGGUGCCAACCCAGUAAUCAAACAAUGUGAUAUCAGCGACUGCGAGAACGUAGGGCUGUACGUGACAGACUACGCGCAGGGCGCCUACCAGGAUAAUGAGAUAUCCCGCAACGCUCUCGCCGGCAUCUGGGUGAAGAACUUUGCCAACCCUAUCAUGCGCCGCAAUCACAUACACCACGGCCGUGACGUCGGCAUUUUCACGUUCGAGAAUGGAUUGGGCUAUUUUGAGGCCAACGACAUCCACAACAACAGAAUCGCCGGUUUCGAAGUUAAAGCCGGCGCCAACCCCACCGUAGUACAUUGCGAGAUCCACCAUGGACAGACUGGAGGCAUAUACGUCCACGAGUCCGGUCUCGGCCAGUUCAUAGACAAUAAGAUACACUCUAAUAACUUCGCGGGCGUGUGGAUCACGUCCAACAGCAAUCCCACGAUUAGGCGCAAUGAGAUCUACAACGGGCAUCAGGGAGGCGUGUACAUAUUCGGAGAGGGCCGUGGACUUAUUGAGCAUAACAACAUUUAUGGGAACGCUUUAGCUGGCAUACAGAUUCGCACAAAUAGUGAUCCGAUAGUGAGGCACAACAAGAUCCAUCACGGGCAACACGGCGGCAUAUAUGUACAUGAAAAGGGGCAGGGCCUUAUCGAGGAGAAUGAGGUGUACGCCAACACACUUGCCGGAGUGUGGAUCACUACUGGUUCAACGCCUGUGUUGCGACGCAAUCGAAUUCACUCGGGGAAGCAGGUUGGCGUAUACUUUUACGACAACGGCCACGGAAAAUUAGAAGAUAAUGAUAUAUUCAACCACCUAUACUCAGGAGUACAAAUAAGGACUGGAAGCAAUCCCGUCAUCCGGGGCAACAAGAUAUGGGGCGGUCAGAAUGGUGGCGUUCUAGUCUACAACGGGGGUCUAGGCUUAUUGGAGCAGAAUGAGAUCUUCGAUAAUGCCAUGGCCGGUGUAUGGAUAAAGACUGACUCAAAUCCUACGCUCAAGAGAAAUAAAAUUUUUGAUGGGCGAGAUGGUGGCAUCUGUAUUUUUAAUGGCGGCAAGGGUAUAUUGGAAGAGAACGAUAUAUUUCGCAACGCGCAAGCGGGCGUCUUGAUCUCAACUCAGAGCCACCCCGUUCUGCGACGCAACCGUAUCUUCGACGGCCUCGCCGCGGGUGUGGAGAUUACCAAUAACGCUACAGCUACCCUAGAACACAAUCAGAUUUUCAAUAAUAGAUUUGGAGGUCUUUGUUUAGCCUCCGGAGUGUCGCCACUUGUGCGGGGAAACAAGAUCUUCAGCAAUCAGGAUGCGGUGGAGAAGGCGGUAGGCGGUGGACAGUGCCUCUACAAAAUUUCCUCCUACACAUCCUUCCCUAUGCACGAUUUCUACAGAUGCCAGACGUGUAACACGACAGAUCGUAAUGCCAUUUGUGUCAAUUGCAUCAAAACCUGCCAUUCUGGUCAUGAUGUGGAAUUUAUUCGCCAUGACAGAUUUUUCUGCGACUGCGGAGCGGGCACGCUGUCAAACCAAUGCCAGUUACAGGGCGAGCCCACGCAGGACACAGACACCCUAUACGAUUCGGCCGCGCCGAUGGAAUCGCACACACUUAUGGUCAACUGAACUAUAGUCCAGUACCACUUCCUCGCACUACCCUAAAUACCACUGUGUAACUAAUGCAACAAACUCAUUUGAAGGCCCCGAAAUCCAGUUUCACGACGAGAUCUGUAGUUUGAACUUGUUACCAUACUAGAUGGAACUAUUCGUAAUAAAAAUGUAUGAAAUCGUUCGGGCUAAACUGCAGUAAGCUGAAGCGGCCUUAUAUUCAGUCUUAUGAUAUGCAAACUGUCAAUUGCUGUUGUUAUUGAGUUUUCGGAUGUACCGUCAGUACAACGUCAGAGUAAAAUGAACCUAAAUUCACCUUGUUUUAAACUAAAGUUCGUUUACGCUUCUUCAAUCAGCGCUCCCAGAAAAUAUUUCGUAAAGUAAAAAUUUGUUAGUUACAAUUCAUUCUGUAUCCGACUUCAAACGAUGAGCGUCACUUGAAUUCUAUUUUGACGCUAUACUUAAAAUUCUACUACAAUUGCGACAGUGCAAAUCACUAUGAGCCCUCUGGCAUGUGUCUGCUACUUAGGACAAGUUUUAAGAGCUCUUCUAACACAUCUAACAUUCAGGAUCCAGUAGGACUAGCUUGCGCACCAUGAGAAAAUUGUCGCGUUAUCUCGUCUAGAGCUAUAAAAAAAUACGAGUAGAAAUAAUGAUCUCGUGGCACGCAUACUAUGAGUGUAUCGCUGCGCUAUUUGCUGUUAAGCUCUGUUGAUACUGAGGGGUAUACAACGGGACAGGAAUCGCUCGUGCCAAUUGUUUCAAUUAGGGGCGUUAACUCGAACGGGUUUAAUCGGUUCUAGUCCGGUGUAGAUCCAUAGAACUUACCUGUGCCAGUUAGCUUGUGCCUAUUAUUUUUCAAUACAGACAACGACACGAUAUUUAACACACUCGUUUAAGCAUAACGCUCUAACUUGUACGGACGUAUUUAAAUUGGCGCGAGUAGUUCCGAUACAGGGGCAAUUAUUGUAUAUAUUUUAUUUUAACUUUAUAGUACGAAACUGUGUCGUCCAAUUAUACGCCCCUAUUUGGUAUGACACUCAAAUAUUUAUUGCAAUUUUGUGAUUUCAAACUGCAUUUUGCGGAAAGUUACGAUCUCUGUCAUAGAAAAUGAAGGCCCUGUUUGUAUCGCGUUAUUUGGGGGAAAAAAAACUUUUCUCGUUUACAAACAAAUUCGCAAACAAUAAUAUGUUUAUUGUAAUAGUUGCUGUAAAUUAUUGCAACCAAAUGAAAUAAAGGUUUUCGAACUUAAAUAUAAAAUCUCUUAAGGUUGCGUUCAGACUAAAGGCAAGCUUUCUGUGAUUUAGACUGAAACUUCGCGUGAGUUUCAAUUAUGUUCCUGUUUAAACUUCCACUUAGUCAGAAUGCAGCCUUAGAAAUCAUUGAAGUAUCUAUAGUUAAUUUCUUGUUAACAUUAUUUAUAAUGUUAAACCAUCUGUUCGAUACUUUUAGUUGUAAGUAUGGUAUAAAAUAGGAAAAAAAAUGUGCCUAUGAAAAAUAUGCAUACAUAUUUAAAUAAACUAUUAAAUAUUAUCCCUAUUAAUUAUUAAGCCGUCGAUCCCGGUUAUUAUCACUAGCAUAAUGAAAAUAAUCGUUAAGCCCGCCAACCCACAUUUGAGAUGCGUGGUGGGUUAAUUCCCAUGGGAUAUAAUUUGGCUAAGGAUAAUAUUUGUUAUAGGUGCUUUUGUUUUCUAUACGACUAUAUUUUCGACUAAAAAUGUAAAAAAAAGAUUGGCAUAGUCCCAAUCAAACUUUCUGCACGAACUUCGUUUUUUUCGGUGCGCAGAAUGCGGAAUCAACCCGUCAGCGGGACUUCACAGUAGGCUAAUUGCGCGACGCCACGCUCGCAGCCUACUUCCGACAAAAAGUUUGCAUCGGACUGUAACAUUUUGAUAAUGUUAAGAAAAAAUCUAGUGUAGAUAAAAUAGAAAUGUGAAAGAUAAGGCCAAAUACAUGCUUGCAUUAGUUACACCGUGCAAGUUCCCACUGGCCGGAAACCCAACAGCCUCUACUCUAGCAACUAUUUUUAUUACCUAAAACUUCGCAAUGUACAUUCACGUAAGUCGCUGAUAUAUGUUCGUCGUGUUGUAAACAUUUAAUCGGUUCAAUUAUGUAUUUUAUCGAUGUACUUUAUAUAGGAUGAUGACGAGACAAAUACGCUAUUUGUAUAUGUAGGAGGCGUUUUUAUCAUCGGUACUUAAAUAAUGUAUUUCGUUGUGUAGAAAAAUCAUGCAUUCCCAAAUUGUAAUCACCCCACUUUCGGUGUCACAUACUUUAGAGUGUAAUAUUUGGUUUAUAAGAUAAUACUGAAUAGCGACUAUAUCGUUACGUCUAACUAUAUAAUCAUGGAGGAGUUAUCGUUUUUAUUUAUCAACUUGUGGAGUCAAUAAUUAAGUUACGUGAUCGAUUCGAGCCAGCGGCUGUCACAGUCAGGUUAGCUAAUUGUAUUAUAAAUAACCUUAAGUAUUUUUUAACUAUUUGACUAUUUGAUUUCGUUUUUUUGUUUAUAGGAGCAACUUAUUAUUUAGCUCUCCUGAUGGGGGUUGGUCGUUCGCGUGUUUUCGUUUUAGUUAAUAAAGAUAUUUGUACCAGUUAGUUUCGUUGGGGCGAUGCCGAGUCCGCGGAACAGUUGUCGACUUCUCUUGCGGGAGUCCGCCUCGCCUAAAUACUUCUGGCGCUCCUAAUGCGCUUUGUAAAUAUUUAUGUCUCACAAUAAUCGAAAAAAAAUGUAGGAAUUAAUGUAUUUGUAUCAUUAUAUUUUUAUUAUUGAUCACAACAUGUAUGUUUAAUUAUUAUGGAGUGCGUACGUUAUGAUCGGGAGGGAAUCAUCGCGUCGGAUGGGCCCGGGCGCAGUCCGGGACCCUUUGUAUAAUAAAAUGCAAACCAAUGUGCAUAUUUAAUUGGAAAAGAUCUUAGGUACAAUUGAUAUUUUAUUAUAUUGUUUAUUUAAUUGUGGUAUUGAUAUCGAUCGACAAGCAAUGCUAGGAGCCGGGGUCGGUACGCUGAUAGUGAUAAGUUAGCAGUUAAGCUAUAAUGAAAAUCUAAAUUACUCAGUAAUCACUAUUGCAAUUUUCGAAUUGUUAAAUCGUCUCCAUAGCACGGUAUGUUCUGUAUCUGCUUUUUUAUAAUCCUCAAUCUGUGAUCAUCGCUAAUUACAUAUUUAAGAGAAGUAUUUUAGUUCUCCGCGUACAGUUGUAUGGGAAUUAUUAUUGUAACAGCAAAAUUGUCGUGGCGCCGAUGCUUUAUAUAAUUGAAUUGAAUGUGAAAUUGUUAUUUAUUGAAUUGUCAGUAUGUUUAAUUUAUUGAAUUUAAAUCUGGAUAAUAUUUUCUUUAUACCUGAGUAAAAGCCGUGAUAUACAUCAUAUAAUAUUAUAAA